CGCCGCCGCCGCGCUGCUGGCCACCGCCGACAUGGAGCGAGACUCGGUGGCGCGCCUCACGACGGCGGCGUCGCUGGGCAAGCUGUGCGCCGUGGCGGCGGAGGAGGACACGGAGUCGCUGGCGCGGCGCCUGGACGCGCGCCUGGCGCUGGCCUCGCAGCACGCCGCGCUGCCCGCCGCGCUGCGCCUGCGCCACGGCCUGGGGCCCGCCGACUGCGCCGUGCUGCCGCCCGACGACCUCGUGCAGGUACUACACACAUUGUUGUACUUCAAUACUGGCGCGGCGCCUGGACGCGCGCCUGGCGCUGGCCUCGCAGCACGCCGCGCUGCCCGCCGCGCUGCGCCUGCGCCACGGCCUGGGGCCCGCCGACUGCGCCGUGCUGCCGCCCGACGACCUCGUGCAGGUACUACACACAUUGUUGUACUUCAAUACUGGCGCGGCGCCUGGACGCGCGCCUGGCGCUGGCCUCGCAGCACGCCGCGCUGCCCGCCGCGCUGCGCCUGCGCCACGGCCUGGGGCCCGCCGACUGCGCCGUGCUGCCGCCCGACGACCUCGUGCAGGUACUACACACAUUGUUGUACUUCAAUACUGGCGCGGCGCCUGGACGCGCGCCUGGCGCUGGCCUCGCAGCACGCCGCGCUGCCCGCCGCGCUGCGCCUGCGCCACGGCCUGGGGCCCGCCGACUGCGCCGUGCUGCCGCCCGACGACCUCGUGCAGAUGUACAUAGACUCGGAGAGUAAGGAACUCACGGAGUACGACUACAAGAAGGCGCUGGACCUCACCGACUUCGUGGAGGAUAUGGAGAAACGGGACGACCUCCGUCUCAGGGUGUGGUGUGCGUGUAUCCUGGCGGACGACUGGUCGUCGGUCCGCAUGGAUGCGCCGGCGCAGGACCUCGCCGACAAGAUGUUCUUCCGACUCAUCGACCUCGUGCAUCUCAUGGGCGCGGACGUGUCGGUGGUGGUCCCCGCGGCGGAGGACGUGCUGACGGCGCCCGAGCUGGCCGAGCUGGCCGCCGACUCGCGCUUCCACUACCUGCUGCGGUACGGGUACCAGUGUCUGCCCACCGGUACCCACUAGCCCAGGGGGGGGGGGGCAUUGUCUUCAAAGACUGACAGGUCGGAUAAUUAACAUGUAUUACAGUACGCUGAGCGUGGCAGCUCAGCAACUGUAUUAUAGAUAUAUUAUGUACACACACAUGUUAUUUAUGCUGCUAAAAGUUGGUAAAGUAGUAGCGCCGUAUUGCUGUUAUUUUCUCCCCGAUAUACGGAACUUGAAGAGCAUAUUCCGUUUCAUUUCAUUUUAUUUGUAUACGUUUAAUCAUAUAGUUGGCAUCGAUACCAUAAAAAUAGUGUUAGUAUAAUAACUAGAUAAGUUAGUAAUUAACAUAGUACAUAAGCUAAUGGUUCCCACUACGGUUGGGUUAUCGAACCGCGUCCGAGUGUCAGUCUCGGCUCGCGCUGGGACGCAAGCCCCGCGCGGGACGGGGCGGCCAGUCACGCAGCAACUACAAUAACUCACCAUUCGAUGAUGUACGUGCAGACUGAUUUAGAUUGUAACUAGGGUAAGUGUCGGAGCUUGUCUACACGUCACCGCAGGUACACUCGUCACUACUCAUUGCGAAACUAUUCGCUCAUUUCUCUCACUUGGGCUGUGUCUUUUGGAAGCGUAAUAUUCAAGGAAGUACAUUUAAAGUAAAGUAAAGAGCAAUAGCAUAAACCAUGUCCCCUCGAAUUAGUCAUUUACACACACAUGGGGCGCUGCCAUUGGAUUGCCCCGAUAGUAGUGGUCCCGCAUUAUCUGUGGUUAUUUGUAGAUAAACUCCGAAUCGAAAUUUAAUUUCUUUAAUGUUUGCUUACUAGGAAAGUAUUAACAAGUGAUACAGCGCCGGGGCAAGUAUUCGCUCCGGUUGAAUUUAUCACUUAAUCUUACAAAAUCAAGGGUCUAUCAAAUAUUUCUUCCCGACACUCUAGAACAUCGUGAAAAGUUUUUAGAUUAAUAUAGAUUAUUGGCAUUAGCAGUAUGAAGUUUUUUCUCAAAAACCGGGAUUGAUCCAGAUCCUAAACGGAUCAAAAUCGCUUACUAUCGGCCGCAGAACAAGGUGCGAGUGUGCCGAGUAUAAGUUAUUCUCGCGGCAGGCGACGCCCGGUACACGGGUCCUAGAGGAGCAGACUUAGUAGCAAACUUGUUAGAUAAAUAAGUGGAAAAUUGUAAUUAUUUUAAGUAUUGUAUACCUCCAGUCCGCCACGGACGAUGCACUGAUAUAAACAACAGUCUGAUGCCGCAAGUCUUGAGAGCAAUAAAAUGUUAAAUUGUAAGACUGUUUCUUUUACAAAUUAAAGUUUCAGCAAUAGUAGGUAUAUUUUUUUAUUGAAAGGAGGAUGAAAGUAUCAGUGACCGAGUGUGCAAGCGGAUGGGGCACGCUCUAUCAUCUAAAUGGCAAAAGAUAAUAUUUAGUCUCUGUAUGUAAAUGUACAUGUCUUAAAAAGCUUUCAUGCUUCGCAGUCAUUAUGAAAUAUUUAAGUUGGUGUAUUUGUAAUAAACCUGUUAUUGUUUAACAUGUUACAAUCUAAUUUUGGCUUAAGUUUUAGCUCCUGUAAAGUGUAAGACUAUCCCCCAGUUUCCGAAAGGCCGAUCAAUUUAAUCUCUUGUC